CUUCUGAUCGAGUAACAGCACACCUCCAAAUUCCCAAGUUUUCAUCUGAUGGCCAAACUAGAUCCGAGUGGAUGGUUCGCUCAUUUGCAACUUUCUUUUUUCAUCCCAUACCCUGCGUCAUCCAAACGCAAGGUCCGUGCCGAACGAAGUCGACUUCAUCCACCACUGUGCCAUCACAACUCGGCCUUCACAAGUUGAGACAAACGUGUAUCAAGAAAUCUCGACUUUAUUGCAAGUUUGUAAUGGAAUCUCUUCUUCACCAGACUUGUUGCAGUCAUCUCGAUAUUAGCUUCGUUCAAAGCCUUGGCCUUGCUUCGCAGAGCCGUUUGGCGUAUAGGGUGCCGUUGAUUCGUGAGACACGGGAAAUCUGCAAGCAUCAACAUGGGGCACCAAAUCGAUGUCUUGCUUCUGUUUUCUGGAAUAUGCAGCCAUCCUUGUGGCUCGGAUAUUGACUAGCUUCUUCAAAGGUACUGGUCCGCUCUUGGAGGCCAGUUCGAGGCCAUGUCUAGCCAAGGCUUCGACGACAGGUGGUUUCAUCAAGUGAUGAUGAGCCUCGU